GGUGUUCGCGCAUGUCAUCUGCGUGCCUGCCUGCGCUCUGCCGUCCCCUGCCGCUGGCUCGCUGCUGAUGCCGCGCGGCGGAACGGUUCGGCUCGUGCGUUUCUGCUGCAGCCGCAGUUGCCGAGCUUCACAGGCGAAUGAAACCGGAGAGCGGCUCGACAAAAAAAUAUGACGACGGAAGGUCCGAGCCGCUCCUCGCCAUCCACACAGCUGUAACGUCGGCGGGAAAACGCUCGUGGAUUUUGUCGGACGUGAGAAUGCGGCUGUGAAUCACGGAGGAAAUAUCCCUGGACCACUCCGCUCAGCCUCCCUAUCUGACUCCGCCGAUGGUGACGAUGCUCUAAACCUGAACCUGCCUGCGGUUCAUCCGGUUUGACCUUCAAGGCAUCACUUUGAGUGAGAUCUAAUCGUCAGCAGAAUGAUCGAGGAAGGCAGCAAACGAGGCAAGGCCAUGGUCGAGAAGAGACAGCUCUUCAUGGAAAUGAGAGCACAAAACUUUGACGUUAUCAGAUUGUCAACCUAUCGGACUGCCUGCAAACUCCGGUUUGUCCAAAAGCGAUGCAACCUCCAUCUGGUGGACGUCUGGAACAUGAUCGAGGCUUUCCGAGACAACGGGCUCAACACGCUGGACCACAACGCCGAGAUCAGCGUGUCGCGGCUGGAGACGAUUCUGUCUUCCAUCUACUACCAGCUUAACAAGCGGCUGCCCACCACCCACCAGAUCAACGUGGAGCAGUCCAUCGGCCUGCUGCUGAACUUCAUGGUGGCCACCUAUGACAGUGAAAGUCAUGGGAAGCUGACCGUUUUCUCAAUGAAGGCCAUGCUGGCGACGAUGUGCGGAGGGAAGAUUGUGGACAAGCUGCGCUACGUUUUUUCACAGAUCUCAGAUUCGAGCGGAGUCAUGGUGUUCUCAAAGUUCGAUCAGUUCCUCCGGGAGGUGCUGAAGCUCCCCACAGCGGUGUUCGAGGGCCCGUCGUUCGGCUACACGGAGCAUUCGGUGCGGAUGUGCUUCCCUCAGCAGAAGAAGAUUAUGUUGAACACAUUUCUGGAUGUGUUGAUGGCAGAUCCUCCUCCUCAGUGUCUUGUAUGGUUGCCACUGAUGCACCGACUCGCUAAUGUUGAAAACGUCUUCCAUCCGGUGGAAUGUUCUUAUUGCCGGAGCGAGAGCAUGAUGGGCUUUCGGUACCGGUGCCAACAGUGCCACGGCUACCAGCUUUGUCAGAGCUGCUUCUGGCGGGGCCACGCCAACGGCCCCCAUAGCAACCAACACCAAAUGAAGGAGCACUCGUCCUGGAAGUCUCCGGCCAAAAAGCUGAGCCACGCGAUCAGCAAAUCUCUGGGCUGCGUCCCCAUCGGAGAGGCGCCGCACCCCGUGUUCCCCGAGCAGGCCGAGAGACCCCAGGAGCUCACCCAUACUGUUCAGGCGAAAGCAGCGACCAACAACAUGAACGACACAAUGCUCAUGUCCUCUGGUGCACCCACUCCUACCAAAAGUGUUUUGGAGAGUCCCAGCCGGUUAGAUGAAGAGCACCGGCUCAUCGCACGAUACGCUGCGCGCCUGGCAGCUGAGGCAGGCAACUCCACACAACAGUGUCCUCCAACAGACCUGGGUUUCAACUUCGAUGCCAAUAAGCAACAGAGACAGCUGAUCGCAGAGCUGGAGAACAAAAACAGGGAGAUCUUGCAGGAGAUCCAGAGGCUCCGUUUGGAGCAUGAACAGGCCUCUCAGCCCACGCCAGAAAAAGCCCAGCAGAACCCCACGCUCCUGACCGAGCUGCGACUCCUCAGACACAGGAAGGACGAGCUGGAGAGGCGCAUGUCGGCCCUGCAGGAGAGCCGGCGGGAGCUGAUGGUCCAGCUGGAGGGUCUGAUGAGGCUGCUGAAGGAUGAGGAGCAGAAGCAGGCUUCCCAGUCUGGAGGCUCCCCUCAUUCUUCUCCCAGCCACGGUGCCGGCUGCUCCAUGCCCAUGCCCAUUCGCUCCACCUCGGCCGGGUCCACCCCGACUCACACACCGCAGGACUGCCUGGCAGGCGUGGGAGGAGACGUGCUGGAGGCCUUUUCUCAGGGUGUACCCAGAAACCUUCGGAACGAUCUUUUAGUUGCUGCUGACUCAAUCACAAACACCAUGUCAUCGCUGGUGAAGGAGCUCCACUCAGUGGAUGACGCGGCGGAGGACGAGGAGACCAACAUGAGGAAUGGUGGAGACAGAGGUGGGUCCAGGCACACUGAGGGUACAAAAGCACUGAGGGGAAGAGACCCCUACCCCGGCCUGCGAGGACAUCCGGUCAUCGACUGGGAAGACUCGGCAUCAGCAGGAAGCCCCUGGCAUUAGCACGUAGAGUAAUGCAUGCAUCUAAUCUAAAAAUGAAUUUCACUGUGUGAAAAAAAAGAAGAAAAAAAAAAAGAAGUCGUCACACCUUGCGCCUAGCAAGAUGUGUCUAAUUACCAAGUGUGUAUGUUGUCCUGUAAACAAAACAAACAAGGCAAAAAAAAAACAAAAAAACCUGCUGUAAAAAUUACCAGAACAAUUUCCCUCAUGAGUGGGAAGAACGGCUUGCUGUGCUUUUUAUCUCCCAUUCCAGCAGAUCGUCCUGUACAUAAACUACUGUAAACACACGGAGCCUUCUCACCGAGGAGACGUCCUGAUACCACCUGCUCUCUGUCAUGGCUUUCUCUCUCUUUUUUUUUGGAGUAGUUUACAUUUAUUUAUGAUGUUUGUUUUCUUUUUUUUUUCAGGUUUUUGCAUGAAGUUGCACUCAUGUCUGGAUUUAGUUACUGUACUGUACAACGCUAUGCCGGGUCUUUGAUGGUGUUGUGAAGACAGCUGUGAUGUCAGAAGUGUCCUCCAAGUUCAUGCUAGCUGUGUUUACUUGCACAGGGGAAAUUCUGGGUCUUUGGGCUUGUUACUGUGAGAAGAAGCUUGAGGAGGCACUAUUUAUUUAUAUGUUUAUUUUUAAUUAUUACUGGUUUUUUUAGAAUUUGCUUUACUGCCAUGAUUUAUGUGAUGAAGAGAGCCUGCCAGAGGAAUAAGCAAAUGCCUGCUUGAGGUUCCUUUGCUGCUACUGUGAAACCAGGAAUGUUUAUUCCCCUGAAUUUUCAUCUUUUGAUAAGUGCUUUCAUUUUGGACUAAAAGAUCGACUCCCUCUUUCAGCACAGAUGGUUCCAAAGAUAUGCUGGUGAUUUUGAAUCUUUAAUAGAAAAGAGAAAUUAUGAGGCAAGAGCUAUGUUAAACUGAUAAAGCUGACUUACGAAGUUGAAAAAAUUUACCAGUUUUGAAUGCUUGGGACUCUCCCUCUCUAAAGCGCCAUACAAAGGUUCCUGUUUUAUUUUCUAGAAUACAUUUCUACCCUGGUAAUAUAUUGUUACCCUUUAUCAGUGGAGACACAGGCGGGUAAUGGCGGCCUAGUUUUUGGAAAUGAUUCCUGUAGUUGAAAGUCACUGACUGUAAAACUACCACAGGCUCUUGUGAAACUUGUCACCUCUGAAAACCAGUUGUGAAAUUGUUCAACUUAGAUUUAUGUGACUGUUGUCACGCGAGAUAAACUUCAUUUAAAACACAGAACAAAUGACAGGAGAUAAAGACAGGCUGGCGUUUGUAUACAAACGAUCUCAUAAAUCUUAUGGCAAGAAAGCAAAUCGAGCUAAUUUACCUCAAUUCUAAAGCUAAUAAUUUCAGGGAAUAAUGCAGUGCAAAAAUUCUUUGACAUUUGGGCUUUUUUUUUCUUCUAGUGCUUCAGUGUGAAGAGCCAAAAAAAAAAACCUCUCAGCUGGCGUCCAGAAUAACCUGUGCAUGUGAACACCCUGGAUGAAUCUCGUACUACUCUGCUGCUAAUCGCCAAACAAACAAAAAAAAUAAAAAUAAAAAAAACACAACAACAACGAGCCAAGUCUCCUUUACUCCCAAUGAAUACCCCCUGAAGGGCAUUGUUAGCUCAACACAGCACGGUGCCUCCUUCCAGAGGACGCUGAGUGGCUGCUAGGCAACGCGUUAGCACAGUAACGGGUUAGCACGGUAACGCGUUAGCGCGGUAACGGCUUAGCGCGGUAACGGCUUAGCGCGGUAACGGCUUAGCGCGGUAACGGGUUAGCACGGUAACGGGUUAGCACGGUAACGGGUUAGCCGCAGGGCGGGUUAGCUCGAGGUCAGAAUUUCAACGUAAACACCCGUUCAGUGUGUGAGGUUGGAAGGCCAUAGAUAACUAGGAAGUGCUUCAAAUAGCUUUAUUUAGGCGAUGAAAGUGAGCAGAAAAUGUUUAUGUGCAAUGACGGUAAAUGUGCUCAGGGACUGCAGAGCUAACGGUUUGCUGUUCAAAGUCCUGAAAUGUGAGAAAUACUGGGAUUGAUUAUUUAAUCAAUAAGUGAAUUUGGACUUGCUUCGGAUCACAUUUCUACGGUUUUAUCGGGACUUCCCAAAGCACAUCUUAUGAGUAGUUUUGAUCUGUUUUAGGUAGAAACUCUAUAUGCCUGUGCAGAAAUCAAUCAAUCAGCAAAUAAUGAAUGAGUGAUUUGCAUUGAGUAAUUUGUGUAAUGGCCACUUUUAUUGGCACCCUUCAUGAAGACGAUAAACAGCCUAACAAUAAAAAUCACCUUUUAUUGCAGCUCUGUAACCUCACUUUAAAAAAAAUGUGACAAAUCUUAUCUUCAAUUCAAGGUAUUUUCUUCCACGUUAAGAAAUAAUUAUGUUCAAUUAAAUUACUAAUUAUCUGUACUCCUAACAAUCCCAUUAUUUAAUAAAUUAAAAUAUAUAUCCGAGACGUGUUUUUUCAAUACAAUCUUGACUUUUUUUUCUUGUAGCUGAUCAGCGUUUCUAGGGAGUUCUAAUGAUUAAUCAAUACCUUUUCUGUUUCCUUAGGUCAUAAAUAUGAUAUGACAGGAACUUAAUUUCUUUUAGCCACUCUGAUGGACGACUUUGCCUGUUUAAUCUGCGGUGCUGCACAGUGAGCAGGAUGGUAACAAAAGUAAAAAAUAAAAAUAAACAAUUCAGAGCUAGGAUUUCUCUAAAUUUUCAUUGACGAUUAAAGAUGGAUCCACUGCAAGGCUUUGUACCCGUCUCUAUCAAGGGUGCCAUGAAAUGUGUCGUCAGGGAUUUUAGGAGAGGAGUUUUUCUUAAGUGCUGUUUGGUUAGAAAUGCUUUUGUCUGUGGGUGACUGUGUCUUUUGGCAAAGCAAAGUGUUGUGUUAACAGAGGCUGUGAACCAGUUGGCCAUGCUUAUUCAAAGUCACACAGGUUAUCAAACCGUUUUACCUUUACAUGUAAGUUUUUGGUUUGAUUCCAUGUUGUUUAAUGUGGCCGUCUGUAAAAACAAAUGUGCAUUUUCUGGGUUAUACUUCAGUUCUUUAAUUCUUAUUUAACUGAACUGCAGAAGAUUUUGCUUUUUGUUUGUUUCCAUUUCUGGUUCACGCACUAAGCCUGUCCUGUAAGCUACAUAAGAGGUUUCAGCAACCCGUGCGACACUGUGUUAUGAAAAAAAACAAAAAGAGGCUCCUCUGUUGCCGUUCUAAAUGUUAAUUUUUUCCCCCCCUCUUUUUUUCUCUGUUUUAAUGUAUAUUGUCUUUUUAUUUCUAUGCUUCUGCUCUGCAACAUUGAUGGAGUCUAGUUGUUGUAAUGGGUUUGUCAAAAACCGCUGAUCACCUGGGACACUUUCAUUUGAAAGCAGGAAGAAUCAUUUUAACCACUGCUGCUGUAGAACAUGUUUCGGCCCACAAAUUAUACGUGACAACGCUGAGAUUUAAAACAAGCAAAAACAAAUGUGACCCUUUCCCCUUUCAUUCUGGUCCUGCAUUUUAUUGCAGCUCUUAAUCUUCCUGUUCUGUUCUUUCAGUUUGUGCCUGUAGCUGUACUGUAAAGUGCUGUAUAAAGUAACCAUUCAGCAAACGAGAUAAUCUGUCAGCCUCUUGUGUCAAGCUUUUAGUCUGUGACUUUGUAGAGAUUUUAUUUACUUGUCGAUUAUUUUCUCGUGUUUUUUGAGGUGGGGAUGGUGGGCGGGGUGGUCUUACGCUCGGCCUUUACAUUUGUGCCAAACUGUUUGCAGGUGUUGUGUGUCAUAGAAAAAACACAGGUAUAUAUCAAAGUAUAUCUGCAUUAUUAGUCUGUCGUCGACCUUAAUCUGUUCACUGAAUGCCUGGGGAUGGAAAGUCAUCUGCUGCUGAAAAAAAAAAAGACGCAUUUAAGAGUUAUACUAUUAUUAUCAAAAUGGGGAAGGUAUAUAUAUUCUUUAUAUAUAUAUAUAUAUUCCAGAGUGAUUCAUUUUAUUUGAACUUGUCCUGAGGCAAUAUUGUGUGUAUCCCGCCCUGUCAGACCAAACUCGGGUUAACGCAGCUGGUCACACAGAGGUGCAUACACUGUAAUCCUUUUUGUUUUUUCUUUCGUUUUUCACAGAGACAAGGUGCAAAGCAGACAGCACAGCUUCCCUGACGUUAUUUAAAUAUGUGUGUGUUCUGUACGCUUUACGCUUCUUGUAUGCAUUCGUUCUCAUGUUGAUUUGACGAAACAUAGUUUUAUGUCACAAAACCACAGUUGUUGUUUUUUUUUUUGUUUUUUCUCUGUAAAUACAUCAAAUGUGAGAUAUAUUAAAAAGAUUUAAAAUAUGAA